AUGGGUGCAGUAAGUUCCCGGUGGGUGGUAUGCAUCCCUCUCGCAUCCGCCGUGUGUAAUGAGAGCCGCCGCAUGGCGGAGGAAAACCGGUGCCAUGGAGUUCCGAGGGAUUAG